AUGGCUCCCACGAAGAAGUCGAAGAAGAGCACAGAGAGCAUCAACAACAAGCUGCAGCUGGUGAUGAAGAGCGGCAAGUACACCCUGGGGUACAAGACUGUCCUCAAGACGCUGCGCAACUCCAAGGGAAAGCUGAUCAUCAUCGCGAACAACUGCCCUCCACUUAGGAAGUCUGAGAUUGAGUACUAUGCUAUGCUGGCCAAAGUUAGCGUGCACCAUUUCCAUGGAAACAACGUUGAUCUUGGCACUGCCUGCGGCAAGUACUACAGGGUGUGCUGCCUCAGUAUCAUCGACCCAGGUGACUCAGACAUCAUCAGCACCACCCCUGGCACCCAGUGA